AUGCCUCCGCGAUCAAAGUCCAAUGGCGCGGAUACUGAUGUAGACGCGUCUAUGUCGGACGUGCCUGAUCGUCGCCAAGGAGAGGGAAUGGAUGUUGAUACCCCCGAUAUAUCGGACUCCGACACCAACCCAAACACCACGGCAAGCAGUGUUGCCGGCGAGCCUGUGGGUGAUGGCCGUAAGCGCCGCACAGAAGCUAAUCAGCUUCGGCGGAGCAUUUUCGGCAAGAAGCACGAUGUUCUUGGUGAAUCUAAGGAGGACGAUACUAUUCGAAGAUUCCGUUACUUACUCGGCCUUACGGACUUGUUUAGGCAUUUCAUUGAGACAAACCCGGACCCUAAGAUUCGAGACAUCAUGACCGAAAUCGAUCGCCAGAACGCCGAAGCAACGAAGAGGAAGAAGAGUGUUGGCCGACAAGGCGGCGCAGCGAGCGAUAGACGUCGCCGCACCGAGGCUGAGGAAGACGCGGAGCUGCUCAAGGACGAGAGACGAGGUGGCGCUGCGGAGGUUGUCUUUAGAGAAUCACCACCGUUUAUCCAAGGCACCAUGAGAGACUACCAGGUUGCCGGCCUUAAUUGGAUGAUUUCGCUUCAUGAAAAUGGCAUUUCGGGUAUCCUUGCCGAUGAAAUGGGUCUCGGAAAGACCCUUCAGACAAUCUCUUUCCUGGGCUAUCUGAGGCACAUUCUUGGGAUCACUGGACCCCACCUGGUCAUCGUGCCUAAAUCUACGCUCGACAACUGGAAGCGAGAGUUCGCCAAAUGGACUCCGGAGGUGAAUGUUCUUGUUCUUCAGGGUGCCAAGGAAGAGCGUCAUGAAUUGAUCAACGAACGCCUCGUCGAUGAAAAAUUUGAUGUUUGUGUUACGAGUUAUGAGAUGGUGCUACGAGAGAAAAGCCACCUCAAGAAGUUUGCAUGGGAAUACAUUAUCAUUGAUGAAGCUCACCGAAUCAAGAACGAAGAGUCCUCGCUGUCGCAAGUGAUCCGACUGUUCCAGUCCCGGAAUCGACUUCUUAUUACCGGCACACCUCUCCAAAACAAUCUGCAUGAGCUAUGGGCCCUGCUCAACUUCCUCCUCCCCGAUGUCUUCGGUGAUCCCCAGGCAUUUGACCAGUGGUUUUCUGGAGACGAUCGCGACCAGGAUACUGUCGUUCAACAACUGCAUCGAGUCUUGCGUCCGUUCUUGUUGCGCCGUGUCAAGAGCGAUGUCGAGAAAAGUCUCCUUCCGAAGAAAGAAGUCAACUUGUACCUUGGAAUGUCAGACAUGCAAGUCAAAUGGUACCAAAAGAUUCUUGAGAAGGACAUCGACGCGGUUAACGGUGCUGGAGGAAAGCGUGAGUCCAAAACCCGAUUGCUCAACAUCGUGAUGCAGCUACGAAAGUGUUGCAAUCACCCGUACUUGUUUGAGGGUGCGGAGCCUGGUCCUCCCUAUACUACGGAUGAACAUUUGGUUUAUAAUGCCGGCAAGAUGAAGGUGCUUGACAAGCUCCUUGCCCGUCUGCAGACGCAAGGCAGCAGAGUUCUCAUCUUCUCCCAGAUGAGUCGUUUGCUUGAUAUUCUUGAAGAUUACUGUGUUUUCAGAGGGUACAAGUACUGCCGAAUCGAUGGUGGUACCGCCCAUGAGGACCGAAUUGCUGCCAUUGACGAGUACAACAAGCCCGGAUCCGAGAAGUUCAUCUUCCUUCUCACUACUCGAGCUGGUGGCUUGGGUAUCAAUCUAACGACUGCCGAUAUUGUUGUUCUCUACGACAGCGACUGGAACCCCCAGGCAGAUCUUCAAGCUAUGGAUCGUGCUCAUCGAAUUGGCCAGACAAAACAAGUUGUGGUAUACAGAUUUGUAACCGACAAUGCAAUUGAGGAGAAAGUUCUGGAACGAGCGGCACAAAAGCUGCGGCUGGAUCAGCUUGUUAUUCAACAGGGCAGAGCCCAGAACGCGGCGAAGGCUGCGGCGAAUAAGGAUGAGCUUUUAUCUAUGAUUCAGCAUGGAGCAGAAAAGGUUUUCCAGUCCAAGGGUGCGGCUGGCGCCAAAGAAGACGGUGCGGAUGUGAGCGAUGAUGACAUCGAGGCCAUUCUUGCAUCCGGAGAGGACCGUACCAAGCAGCUGAACGCCAAGUAUGAGAAACUCGGUAUUGAUGAUUUGCAAAAGUUCAGCUCAGAAUCAGCUUAUGAAUGGAACGGCGAAAAUUUUGCCAACACCAAGAAGGACAUUGGCAUGAACUGGAUCAACCCGGCCAAGCGAGAGCGCAAGGAACAGUCAUACUCGAUGGACAAGUAUUUCCGAAGCGCGAUGUACCCGAAUCCCAAGGCUGAUGCAAAGCCCAAAGCCCCUCGUGCACCCAGACAGGUGGCCAUUCAUGACUACCAGUUCUACCCAGCCAGACUGCGAGAAAUUCAGGACAAGGAAACAGCCUAUUACCGCAAAGAAAUAGGGUACAAGGUGCCGCUCCCUGACGGCGAAGAGGAGAACUUGUCUGAGCGAGAAGCUGAGCGGGCCGAGGCGCAAAAAGUGAUUGAUGAAGCCGAACCUCUCACAGACGACGAAAGGCAAGAGAAGGAGGAACUCUCGACACAGGGAUUCGGGGACUGGAGCCGCCGAGACUUCACUUCCUUUAUCAAUGCCUCCGCAAAGUGCGGCCGAAAUGAUCUUGAUGGCAUCUCCGAUGAGAUUGAGAACAGAACCACGUCUGAGGUGAAGGCAUUUGCCAAGGUAUUUUGGCAGCGAUACAAGGAGAUUUCGGACUACCAAAAGUAUAUCAAGAUCAUUGAAGAUGGCGAGGAGCGCACCCGACGAAUUGAGCACCAGCAAAAGCUUCUCCGCAAGAAGAUGCAACAGUACCGUGUGCCCCUUCAGCAGCUCAAGAUUAACUAUUCUGUGUCGACCACGAACAAGAAGGUCUAUACAGAGGAAGAGGACCGGUUCUUGCUGGUUCUCCUUGAUCGCCUUGGUAUUGAUUCCGAAAACCUUUACGAGACCAUGCGAGACGAGAUCCGGGAUUCACCUCUAUUCCGGUUCGAUUGGUUCUUCCUCAGCCGCUCCCCUGUCGAGCUUUCUCGCCGAUGCACCACUCUCAUCACGACGAUUGUAAAGGAGUUUGAGGAUGUGCCGGCCAGAGGUUCCAAUGGCGUGAACGGCAAGACAAAGCGCGACCCUGACGAGGAGAAUGACGAGGACAGCAUCUUGGGAGCCCCUGCUAAGAAGAAGGCCAAGAACGGUGUUAAGAACAAAGCUCUCGAUAACGUCAAGUCUGCCAAAGGAAGCAAGGCUAGCUCAGCAGCGCCGUCUAGAGCCUCAAGCGUUGCCUCAACACAGUCGACGGGCGCCACUAAGGGCAAAAAGGGAAAGAAGAAAUAG